CUGGGUGCGGAGCGGGGAGCGGUUUGAAUCGGCGGCGGCGGCGGCGGGCGCGGAGCGCGGCCGGGGGAACGGGGCGGCCCCGGGACACCCCCGGGACACCCCCGGGACACCCCCACAGUAAUGGCAAGGUAUAAGAAAUGCAGACGAAAACGAAGAUCCCGAGCCAAAUUUCGACUGGAAAAUAAGAGCAAUGCUGCAGCCCCCAAGUCCUCAGUCUGUUCCUCUCCACGGUCACCAGUUCAUCUCCCUCUGGACACAUCACCAGUCCCAAGGUGCUCCCGCUGGCCUUUAGCCUUGCCCAGCAUAAAAAGUGUGGUCAAACCCUUGACAACAGCAGCCUCAUUUCUGUAUUGCUGGUGCCAGAGCACGGUUGCACAGAGCUUUCAGGUGGUUAAAGACACCAUAUUUCCAUCACAAGUCUACUUAAGGGAAUUAAAUAUGCUCAGGGAGAAGCUGGAGAAGUUGGAAAGUGAAUUUUCCAAGCUACAAGAAGAACUCCAGAUGAACAGAGUGGCAGCUUUGUCUUCAGAAAGUUCUCUUUGCCAAAGGUGUCAUAAGCCAGUCCUGGCUGCUCCUGUGGGGACACAGAUGGAUCCUCCACCAUCACUGUCUGUGCCUGUGUCCAUCCCCCCUCCUCCUCCUCUUCCUCCUCCUCCUCCUCCUCCACCACCGCCGCUGCCUCCACCAAAACUGCCUCCAGCACCUCUCCUCCUCCAGCGGAGCACAGCCUCUAAACUGGCACCCCCAGUGAAAAAGGAUGGGCCUGUGCACAUCACCCUCAAAGACCUCCUGAAUGUUAAACUGAAGAAGACAAACAGCAACCUGAGAAUGGACAAGGAACAAUCACCAGUGAAGCCACGAAGGGCAUUAAUUACAGUCACAGACCUACAGAGUGUUAGUCUGAAACCUAAAUCCAAGCCAUCACCUCAUGCUACAAAAUCUUCAAUUACCUCCCCUCAAAAUCAGAUUGAUCUUCGGAAACACCUGAAGAAAGUCGAUAUACUAAGAAGUCCUGGUGGCACUCCUUUAAAUAAUAAAGAGAACACUGAAUGUGGCUCUGGGCUGACACCAAUAAUGACACGGGCACUACGGCGCAAAUUUCAGAUGGCUCACCCAAAGAGUCCCUCGCCUGCAAGGUUGAGUGCUGCAAACAGCUUUGAUGAAAAGUAAAAAGGAAAGUAGGUUUAUGGAACAAAUUAUUUUCCAUUUGUGGUCAGGAAGCCACUUGAAUCCCCUUUUUAUCACACUCAGGCACAUGUAUUUUUAAGUAAAUGUAGUGCACAGGAAAACAGGGCAUUAUGAAACCCUGUAAAGCAGAUUGUGCUUUUUAUCUGUCUCUAAUGUCUCUCAGUUUGGUUGCAUCUUCAUCCAUAACGGAAAAAAAAUAGGAAAUUUCCCAAGUCUUUUGACACCUGGGUGCUGCUGAAGCAGGGACUAUUAUAUUCCCAGUACUGGUGCUGCUUGUCAUACAAAUAUGUGUGUGUUUGCUGAAAUUCAGUAUUUUUGUAUCUUUUUUUAACAAAAAAUAUCUUGACGGUAUUUGUACAGUUUCAAAGAAAAGCAACAGUUUAAUGCACUAAUGUUAUUAAAGUGGAAAGCUGCAAGCUUCAACAAACAGUUUGGCUACAAAUGUAUGAGGCGCUUGCACUGUGUAUCAUUGCUGGCUGGUGUCUGAUCACUAUUAAAAGGCUGCACUGCUUGAAGGCAAUGAACUCAAAGCCUCCUUCCGAGUCCAGUUCACGGGCUGGGCAGAGGUUGUGCGUGUACACAGCUCAGCUCGUGGCACAGGACACAGCGUGAGUCCCGGUGGCACCGCCCUGACCCGGGUCCCGGCACGGUCCGGACCCCGCCCGGGGCUCACGGGGUGCGGACCCGACCCUCGGGGCGUGGGGGAGCAGCGGUGCCCGCGGUGCUGUCCCGGUCCCGGCGCGGUCCGGUCCCGCAGUGCCCGCUGUGCUGUCCCGGUCCCGGUGCGGUCCUGUCCCGCAGUGGCCGCUGUGCUGUCCCGGUCCCGGUGCGGUCCUGUCCCGCAGUGCCCGCUGUGCUGUCCCGGUCCCGGCGCGGUCCGGUCCCGCAGUGCCCGCUGUACCCGCUGUGCUGUCCCGGUCCUGGCGCGGUCCGGUCCCGCAGUGCCCGCUGUGCUGUCCCGGUCCCGGUGCGGUCCUGUCCCGCAGUGCCCGCUGUACCCGCUGUGCUGUCCCGGUCCCGGUGCGGUCCUGUCCUGCAGUACCCGCUGUGCUGUCCCGGUCCCGGUGCGGUCCUGUUCCGCACUG